UGGUUUUCGUAUGAUGAAAAAUGCGUCUGCAAAACAAACUUUCGAUUUGUGUUUAUCUCUUUGUUUUUGCCAUAAUUCCGUUAAUUAUAUGUGAAAAUGCUUGUGAUAGUGACAGUGAACAAUGCGGAACAUCCAUCGACGACCACGAAAAAUCAAAAUACAAAAAAUCUUCAGGAAAAUGGGACAAAUAUUUGUCGUUAAUUGAAGAGGCAGUUAGCAAACACAAAGAAUGUGACAGUCAGGAUUGCUCAUGUUAUGACCAAGUUAUAAAAGAUGAUUUUAGAGUUUGGGAGAAAAAGGGAGAAAUUACCAAGAAAGAGUUUGAAACUGCCAAAGAGAGAGGACUUGGAACUCAUUAUCAAAUCAUAAACCAUAAGUUAUACAGAGAGGAAAAGUGCAUGUUUGGGGCACGCUGUUCAGGAAAUGAACACUUUAUCUUAGAAAUAAUCAAACAGCUACCUGAUAUGGAGUUAAUUAUUAAUGUACAUGAUUGGCCGAAAACAAUGAAACGUACUUCUCCACUUCCUGUGUUCUCAUUUAGCACUGUGAGAAGUGACAAUUGGGAUAUAAUGUAUCCAGCAUGGACAUUUUGGGAAGGUGGACCAGCUGUCUGGCCAAUUUAUCCUACUGGUUUAGGACGCUGGGAUAAACAAAGAGAAAUCAUUCCAAAAGCUGCAAGUGAAUGGCCAUGGGAAAAGAAAUUAAACACAGGUUUCUUCUUAGGGUCCAGGACGUCAUCUGAACGUGAUCCUCUGGUUUUGUUAUCUCGUAAGGAACCAGAUCUAGUUAACGCCCAAUAUACCAAGAAUCAAGCUUGGAAAUCUGAUGCCGAUACUCUUCAUCAACCACCAGCUGCUGAAAUCAAACUUGAAGAUCAUUGUAAAUAUAAAUACUUGUUUAACUUUCGAGGUGUGGCAGCUAGUUUUCGAUUGAAACAUUUAUUUUUAUGUGAUUCUGUUGUGUUUCAUGUUGGUGAUAAAUGGUUAGAGUUUUUCUACACAGCUAUGAAACCCUGGGUACAUUAUAUACCAGUUGAACAGAGUUUAUCUAAUGUGAAAGAAUUGUUAUUAUUUGCACAAGAAAAUGAUGAAGUUGUAAGAAAAAUUGCUGAAAGGGGCAGACAAUUUAUUUGGGACCAUUUAAGAAUGGAGGAUGUGUCAUGUUAUUGGAAGAAAAUUUUAAAACGUUAUGCCAAACUUUUGAAGUAUAAGGUAGAAAAAGAUGAAAGCCUAAAACAAAUUGUAAAAAAAUAGACAAAAUCUCAGGUCGCUUUUUUUUUAAAUUUCGAACCAGAGAGAAUUGAUACCAAUUUCUAUCAUGAAAAAAUCUUAAAAAGUUAUUAGCCAAUACAAAAGAGUCUUGAAGACAAAAAUCAGAUUUUGGAACUUUUAAGGCUUCAGUCAGACAUUACUGGUGUAAUGGGAGAAAUAACUGAACAAUCCACAGUGGAAACACAACUUGCUGAGAACAUAACUUGACAUAGAUUGAAGAUAGGUAUAAUUGCUAAUGUAAUGUGCACACUUUCUUGAAAAAAAAAUGAAGGCUUAAAUGUUUUGAGAUGCACAACAAUGAUGAUGGCUUGGAAGGCAAGACAUUCUCAGCAUUCCAUAAAAAAAUCUUUAUAAUAUUAUUUUAUUGCUAAUAUUUUUUAAAAGUGCUUACAUUGUGUAUGUUAUUUAUAUAUGUAUAUGAAAUAAACUUAUAUUUUGUAAAGGAAGUUUAAACAUAUAACUUGUUUGGUAAACCAUAUAUAGAUGUAUUUGACAAAUAUCUGAUGAACUGCGGCAUAAUAUAAUAAUACUAAUGUGUUUACCCCUUCCAGGUCAGUCUGUUCCAAGACAUUUCACUAAAGCUGAUGCAGAGGACUAGCCGAACAGUUUAUUUCCAUCCCAAUCUAAUUGUCUUUUGUAAUCUAACAAAUUUCUAAUACAUUCACGUUCAAUUGUUUAACCAAUCAAAGCGUGUAUUGCAGUUUCCGCUUGCAGAAUCUUCCAAAGGAUGGCUCUUUAUUAUGCUUUUAUCCAAUAAUAGAAACCCCAGCAUAACAAUGAGCCAUGCUUUUGAACAUUCGAUUUUGGCGAAACUAGGCAUAUGUAAUAUUGAUUUGAUAUUCGAAGUUCGAAUAUGCCAAUGACAAUGUUUCACUGAAGGAAGCAAUUGGGACAAUCUGAUCGACCACCAUCGAACUGGACACAUCGGCGACUGGAAAAGAAUGCAUUUUUUUUCAUAUGUCUAUUUCCUAUAGGUGCCAAAAUCUUGAGUUAGGCCUAUGUGUCCAUUAACUUAUCUGAAAAUUUUAAAAAUCCUGCCUGUUAUUUUCAGAACGCUAAAAUU